AUGCCACUCUUGUCGCACGAAGAGAGCAUGCAAUUGCUUGCGCGCAUGCAACCCAGACCCUUACCCGGAGAGCCGGAACGAUACCGUGUUACCGAAAAGACCAUUGGCAAGCCCAAGAAUGUCUCCCCAUUGAGACCACUGAAUUUCCGGUUUCGAACUCGUCUAGUAUACGCAUUCGGGCAUCCUACUAGCCAUAGAACGCCCAACGUGUACGCUCUACAUUUGCAGCCUCCAUCGGCCUUAAUCAGGUUUCUACUCCGUCUGCUUCAGUCUUUCCCCCCAUCGAUCUGCUCAUGGGCUCAUCAUUACUUGCCUGAGUGGUUUUUACCUAAUCAAGUUAUCUUAAAAUGCCAGAAGAAGGGUGCAGACGUUGCGUAUGGGGAUGACAAGGAGUUUGAACAACUCUUUAAAGCUGAGCACCAAGCAUACAUCGGCUCAGGCCUAUCCAGGCAAUUUCCUGGGGCAACUUUAGAGCAACCUGAGGCGGCCAUUUUGUCUUUUAGCGAGAGCAAAAAGCUCCUCGGCGAUUCCUUCAAGGAGAUGGCAGACCAGGGAGCAGUUCAAGAAGAUGCAAAUAUCUCCAACUUCGUCUUAGCACCAGACAAGAGGAGAAUCAUGGUCGUGGACUUAGAGUAUGUCACCUUUCCAAGCACGUCAGAGGAUAUAGAGUACCACUCUCUCUCAUCCAUGCAGACCACACUGGAAAACUACCUCGGCAGGCAGCGAUUCCUGAGAAGCGAUGGGUACCUCGAGGCAGCCUAG